AUGUACGGAACGAAGUACGGUCGGGGCCGCUCAGUGACUCCAGAACCAGGAGAGACGGCACCAGCACCCGCGGCAGCUCCAGCAGCACCAGCUCCAGGGUCCGCAGCACCAGCAGCAGCUCCAGCGCCAGGGUCCGCAGUACCAGCAGCAGCUCCAGCUCCAGGGUCCGCAGCACCAGCAGCAGCUCCAGCUCCAGGGUCCGCAGCACCAGCAGCAGCUCCAGCUCCAGGGUCCGCAGCACCAGCAGCAGCUCCAGCUCCAGGGUCCGCAGCACCAGCAGCACCUCCAGCGUCAGAGUAUGUAGCACCAGCAGCAGCUCCAGCUCCAGGGUCCGCAGCACCAGCAGCAGCUCCAGCUCCAGGGUCCGCAGCACCAGCAGCAGCUCCAGCUCCAGGGUCCGCAGCACUAGCAGGGCCUCCAGCAACAGCAGCAGCACCUCCAGCACCAGGGUCCGCGACACCAGGCGCUCCACUCCGGAGAGUGCAGCGCCGCUCGUACCACUCGCGGAUCCGCUCAAGAGAGGGCAGCUCCCGCUGA